AUGAGUCUAAUGGGGUUAAUCUCAGAGACUAUUAGUAUUAUAAACACUUUGCAGUUAGCUAUAGGGGGUGCAGAUUUACAAACACUCGAGGGCCAUUCAGAUUGGGUUUGGUCUGUGGCCUUCUCCCCGGACGGUCAGACAGUGGCCUCAGGCUCCUACGAUAAGACUAUCAAGCUGUGGGAUGCUAAGACCGGCCUGGAACACCAGACACUCAAGGGCCAUUCAGAUUCGGUUGAGUCUGUAGCCUUCUCCCCGGACGGUCAGACAGUGGCCUCAGGCUCCAACGAUAAGACCAUCAAGCUGUGGGAUGCUAAGACCGGCCUGGAGCUACAGAUGCUUAAGGGCCAUUUAGAUUCGGUUCGGUCUGUGGCCUUCUCCCCGGACGGUCAAACAGUGGCCUCAGGCUCCAAUGAUAAGACGAUCAAGCUGUGGGAUGCUAAGACCGGCCUGGAGCACCAGACGCUCAAGGGCCAUUCAGGUUCGGUUCUGUCGGUGGCCUUCUCCACGGACGGUCAGACAGUGGCCUCAGGCUCCAAUGAUAAGACCAUUAAGCUGUGGGAUGCCAAGACCGGCCUGGAGCACCAGACACUCGAGGGCCAUUCAGAUUCGGUUCUGUCGGUGGCCUUCUCCGCGGACGGUCAGACAGUGGCCUCAGGCUCCAGUGAUAAGACCAUUAAGCUGUGGGAUGCCAAGACCGGCCUGGAGCGCCGAACGCUCGAGGGCCAUUAA